GUGCAUUUGUGGAAAUCUGUCUUUGUAAAGUUCUUCUUUUAUUUUUAUGACAGGGAAACACAGAAAGAGCGGCAGAGACGUGGCCAUCAAGGUGAUUGACAAGAUGAGAUUUCCUACCAAGCAGGAGAGUCAGCUAAGAAACGAAGUGGCCAUACUACAGAAUCUGCACCACCCUGGGAUCGUCAACCUGGAGUGCAUGUUCGAGACUCCAGAACGGGUCUUUGUUGUGAUGGAGAAGCUUCACGGCGACAUGUUGGAGAUGAUCCUCUCCAGCGAGAAGAGCAAACUGCCUGAGCGGAUCACAAAGUUCCUGGUCACACAGGUGGGUAUCGGCUCUGGUCCGCUUCCUUCUCCUCUGUCCUUCAGGACAAUCCGACUCUUCCCAGGUUGGGCCAUAACCUUCAUGUUACCACGGUAACAUUAAUGAGCGCUACGGUGCGAUUUAUCUGUCGGAUUCACGACUGAAUCGUGACAUCAUUGCCUUUUCAAACUUGGUACUUUAAAGUACACGCUUCUCCACUUCCUUCUUGUGUUUUUUCCCCUCUUGUAUCGUACCUUCAUUUUCCAACAAACUGUAAUUUUCGAUAUCCUCCUUCCUGUUUUCGGGGGUGUGUGUUGGGCCAUUGUGAGUGAAGCUGAGUUUCGCUCCAGAGCCUGUUUAUUCUUGUGGUGAGCAGCUUU